GAUUCAAAUUAUUACCAAUAGCGGAAACGCAUGUACAUAAGAAGUAAACAUUUUGAUCAUAGACUUAUUGAAAGUUAUUCUUAGAGGUUUAUCGAGGGACAGUCUAACAAUGCCAAAAGAACGAGUAGCAAAGAAAUCAAGAACGCACCAGGAUGUUCAAAAACAAGGAAUUAAUUUUAAUAAAGAAUUUGGUCAGCAUAUUUUGAAGAAUCCUUUGGUUGUGAACAGCAUGAUAGAGAAGUCUGCACUUCGGCCCACAGAUGUUGUCUUGGAAGUUGGACCUGGUACAGGAAAUAUGACUAUGAAACUACUAGAGAAAACCAAAAAGGUAAUAGCCUGUGAAAUUGACCCUCGAUUGGCAGCAGAGUUACAAAAGAGAGUGCAGGGAACGCCUUACCAGACCAAGCUCCAUUUGAUAGUUGGUGAUGUCUUACGAACUGAUCUUCCAUUCUUUGACAUCUGUGUUGCUAAUCUUCCCUAUCAGAUUUCCUCCCCAUUUGUAUUCAAGCUGCUGUUACACAGACCAUUCUUUAGGUGUGCUGUCCUGAUGUUUCAGAGAGAGUUUGCCCAGAGAUUAGUAGCCCGGCCUGGAGACAAAUUGUACUGUAGACUCUCAGUCAAUACACAGCUGUUGGCCAGGGUCGACCAUUUAAUGAAGGUUGGAAAAAACAACUUCAGGCCACCUCCUAAAGUGGAAUCCAGUGUUGUCAGAAUAGAACCCAGAAACCCACCUCCCCCCAUUAAUUUUCAGGAGUGGGAUGGCAUGGUGAGGAUCUGUUUUUCCAGGAAAAACAAAACAAUUGGAGCCUCUUUCAAGUUUACCAAAGUAUUAGAAUUGCUGGAGAAGAAUUAUAGGACACACUGCUCCCUGAAAUCUGUGCCGGUAGCUGCAGAUUUUGAUGUAAAGGAGAAAAUAACAGAAAUAUUGGAGAAGGGAGACUUCGACAAAAAACGGGCAAGGACAAUGGACAUAGAUGACUUUCUUGGGUUGCUGAAUUGUUUUAAUGCAGAGGGAUUUCAUUUUUCAUGAAAGUAUCCACAAAACAAAAGAUGUACCAUGUCUUUCAUUUUCAUUAUGGAGUCCAGAUGACAUCAUAAUAUACUGUUUAAUGUCUGUGCUCAAUAAAGGCACUUUCAAUUAAAACAUUUCUUUUAGGCCUGCAUUGUUGAUAAAACAGAAGAGUGAAAUCUCGUAGUUCAAGUUUGCAUUGAUAUAAAACCUUAUGUGAUAUCAUGUGAAUGAUGAAUAAGAUAUCAUGUGAAUAUUGAAUAAGACAUCAUGUGAAUGUUGAAUAAGACAUGAGAAUGUUGAAUAAGAUAUGAAUGUUGAAUAAGAUAUGAUGUGAAUGUUGAAUAAGACAUCAUGUGAGUGUUGAAUAAGGUAUGAUAUGAAUGUUGAAUAAGACAUCAUGUGAAUGUUGAAUAAGAUAUUGUGUGAAUGUUGAAUAAGAUAUGUGAAUGUUGAAUAAGACAUCAUGAGAAUGUUGAACAGGACCACCAAUAAGGAGUGAUGAAACAGUGUCAAAUUUUUCAUACUGAAUUGAAAACAAAAUAAGACAUAUGCUAUCUAACCUUUUAAAUUCUAUCACCCACCUGGUCUGUAGAUUGCAGAUUUAAAUUUUUUCUAAAUGUUAUCUCAAUAAGAUUUCUUUUUUUUUGCCCCAGAGAUCGAAGAUCGGGGGGCAUAUUGUUUUUGUCCUGUCUGUCAUUCUGUAUGAAACUUUAACCUUGCCAAUAACUUUUGAACAGCAAGUGCUAGAACUUUGAUAGUUCACAUGAUUAUUCCUUGUGACAAGACCUUUCUGUGGGUACCAACAAUUUUGACCUUUGACCUACAUUUUGAAAACUUUAACCUUGCUAAUAACUUUUGAACAGCAAGUACUAGAGCUUUGAUAUUUCACAUGAGUAUUCCUUGUGACAAGGCCUUUCCAUAGGUACCAACAUUUUUGACCCUGUGACCUUGACCUACCUUUUGAAAACAUUAACCUUGCUUAAUAACUUUUGAUUAGUAAGUGCUAGAGCUUGGAUAUUUCACAUGAGUAUUUCUUGUGACAAGAGUAGUGGUGUAGCUAGGUUUGAAAUAUUUGUAAGCAGGGGACAUUUUUUGUUUACGGUGAUAAAAAUUUAAUGAAAAUAUUUGUAAGCAUGUGCUUACAGUGCUACAGUGUAGUGUAGCUACACCGUUCUUCUUUCCGUGGGUACCAAAAUUUUUGACCCUGUGACCUUGACCUACUUUUAAAAAAUUUGACAUUCGUCAUAAUUUCUAAAUGGUAAAUUUAUAUUGGAGCUUUCAUAUUGCACAUGAGCAUUUCUUGUGACAAGAUCUUUCUACUAGUACCAAGAUAUUUGUUUUUGUGACAUUGGCAAUCUUUAGAAUUGACCAUUAUCAGGGGCAUUUGUGUUUCACAAACACAACUUGUUAUUUUGUUGUUGUUGCUACAACUGGCAAUGUUUUAAAUUUCCAACAACUUUAUUACUCAUAUCAUGUAUUUUUUUUUAUUGAAGGUAAUUUUGAUUGUUGUUUCAUACUUUCCUUGUUUAUCCUAUUUCAACUCUGUAUUAGUUUGCUAAGGUGCAUCCUUUUGAAAUUGAAGAAUAAAAAGAGAACAAACUUUCCUUCAGGGAGCAUAUCGACACAUUCAUUGCUGAUAUACCUGUACAUGAUUUAAUAAUAAAACAAUACAUAAAUUCA